AAUGCAUUUCAUAAUGUCAAACACAGACGUGAACAUUUCGUUCCGCCUAUUUAUGGAGUUCCUGAAAAGCAGCUAACUCUGGUUUGUCAUUUCCAGGAGAGCUGUGUGGAAGGUUUAAUUGUGCCCAAUGUCUGCCUUUUUGCUCCUAAGACUCUUGCUCUUCAUUCAGCUGGCUUUUCAGGUAUCAGAUGGCAUUAAGCCUAUUAAAUGUCUAGAUGGCUGGACUGCAUAUGCAGGCUACUGUUACCGCCUUAACAGAGACUCCAAGACAUGGAAGGGUGCGUUAUUGUCCUGUCGAAGGGAAGAUGGAGAUUUAAUAAGCAUACACAACCUUGAAGAAUACAGCUUUGUCAUUUCUCAGCUAGGCUACAAACCAACAGAUCUUCUAUGGAUAGGACUGAAUGACCAGAAGACGCCAAUGUAUUAUGAAUGGAGCGAUGGUACUACAGUGAGAUUCACCACAUGGCAGCAAGGAAAACCUGCACACAUAAAAGAUGUGCAAAAUGACUGUGUCAUCAUGAAUGGGGAGAGUGGAUAUUGGUCAGAUUAUUUCUGUGAAGAGGAACUUGGUUACAUCUGUAAAAGACAACCUUUGGCAUCUCUACCUGAAGAGCCUGAAACUGCUGAUCCAAAUUGCCAGAAAGGCUGGAAAAGGUAUGGUUUCUACUGUUAUUUAAUUGGGCAGACAUCUGUAACAUUUUCAGAAGCAACGACAUUCUGUGAAACAAAGAAGGGAUCUCUGACUUCUGUGGAGAACAGAUAUGAACAGGCCUACCUAACUAGUCUAGUUGGACUUCGUUCUGAAAAGUAUUUCUGGAUCGGCCUUUCAGAUGUAAAGCAGCCAGGGACAUUCAACUGGACGAAUGGAGACAGUGUUCUGUUCACACACUGGAAUUCAAGAAUGCCUGGGCACAAUCCUGGCUGUGUUGCCAUGAGAACUGGGGCAGCAGCUGGAUUGUGGGAUGUUGUGAGUUGUGAGGAGAAGGCACCUUUCAUCUGCAAACAAUGGGCAGAAGGUGUGACAACGACUCCUGCCCCAAAAACAACUCCCCCACCCCCAUGCCCAGAAGGAUGGCAUCCAAGCAGUACUAGAACUGUAUGCUUUAAAGCCUAUGUGAAAGACAAACAGAACAAGAAAUCUUGGUUUGAAGCACGAGAUUUUUGUAGAGCAAUUGGAGGAGAUCUCGCUUCUGUUCACAGUCAAGAAGAACAGUUGCUUAUAAAGAAUAUAGUUAGUGCAGAUCAUUGGAUUGGUUUAAAUGAGUUGGAAACUAACAAAAGCUUCACUUGGAGUGAUGGAUCUCCUGUAGACUUUCUAGACACCAGCUUUCCAUUUAAUGAUCACAGAGAUAAAGAACAAGGAUGCAGAGGAGUUUCUGUAUAUUAUAGGUGGUGGAGACCUUCAUGGUGUCAGAGUUUUCUGAACUGGAUUUGCCAAAUAAAGAGGGGUGUAUCAUUAAAACCGGAACCACGCAAUAGUUUUGAAUAUUCGUUCAAAAGAAUUGAAGAUGGCUGGAUUGCAUAUAAGGGCAAUGAGUACUAUUUAAGCAGUGAAACGUUAUCUGCAGAACGAGCCCGGGCCUUCUGCAAGAAGCACUCAGGAGACCUUAUUGUCAUUGAAAGUGAAAGUGAAAGACUAUUUUGGUGGAAAUAUAACAAGUUUUAUGGAUCUUCUCAAGACAUUUAUAUUGGUUUAAUUUUGGGUCUCGAUAGGAAGUUCGGCUGGUUGGAUGGAACUCCGGUGACCUAUGUCGCCUGGGCCCCCAAUGAACCCAACUUUGCAAAUGAUGAUGAAAACUGUGUGGUCGUGUAUACAAACACAGGUUUAUGGAAUGAUAUAAAUUGUGGUGCUGAGAAAAAAUUCAUCUGUGAGAGGCAUAACAGCUCCGUCCGUUCAACUGUUGCUCCUACGUCACCUGCACCUCUUGGGGGCUGUGAUGACGGUUGGCUCUUCUUUGAUAACAAGUGCUUCCAAUUAUUUGGCUUUAAUGAAGGAGACAGAAAAAACUGGUCUGAUGCACGAACUGCUUGCAGAAAACUAGGAGGAAACCUGGCGACUAUAUCAAGCAAAGCUAUUCAAGCAUUUCUCACGAUGCACUUAAAAAGUAUUUCAACUCAUCCUUGGAUUGGACUGAAUGAUAUUAAUAUUGAGCACCAAUUUGUAUGGACAGAUGGAAGUGGGGUCUACUAUACAAACUGGGCCAAAGGUUUUCCACGUUAUGGUGAAGACUGCAUUUUUUUGAUGAAGAAUCCUGAAAAACUGGCAGGGAUGUGGAAAGAUGGACCAUGUUCUACUGAGAAAAGCUACAUAUGCCAAAAAAACGCUGAUCCUGGGUUUUCACACUCUGAAACGACAAUUCCAUCUUCUUUCUAUACCCUUUUUGGAAACAGCAGUUACUCUCUCGUUAGCCCCAAAAUGACAUGGGAAGAGGCCAGAAAAAAAUGUAAUUCUGAAAAGGCGGAGCUUGCUAGCAUUUUGAAUCCCUACGUUCAAUCAUUCCUUUGGCUACAGGUGUUAAGAUAUAGGGAGCCCGUGUGGAUUGGUCUAAACAGCAAUAUGACUGGGGAACAAUACAAGUGGAUAAGCAACCAGAGAGUGAUAUAUACUGCCUGGGCUCCUGAAGAGCCAAAGCAAAAAAUAGCAUGUGUCUACUUAGAUCUUGAUGGUCACUGGAAAACAGGAGCCUGCAAUGAAACAUACUUCUUUGUCUGUGAGCAGCAUCAUGGUGUAACUCCAACUAAGGCUCCAGAGUUACCAGGAAAAUGCCCUGCAUCAAAAGAAGACCAGGGAGCUUGGAUUCCUUUUCGGGCUCAUUGCUAUCAAAUCAGUCCUUCUCAGAGAGAAUGGCCAGAUGCAUCCUUCAAAUGUUCUCAGUUUGCUGCCACCUUGACUUCAAUAGAAGAUUUAGCUGAAAUUGAAUUUUUGGUGGAACACAUUCAGCAGGUUGAUCUCGGAGACUUUUGGAUAGGAUUGUUCAGAAAUAUAGAUGGAGAAUGGUUAUGGCAAGAUAACACUGCAGUGGAUUUUGUCAAUUGGCAAGAUGAAGAGCCCAUAGCAAAUCCUCUUGAUGUUUUUCAUGAUAAUGGUCACAACUGCGUUUACAUGAAUAACCAUGAUGGGAAGUGGUCCAGGACACACUGCAGCACUUAUAGGGGAUUCAUAUGUAAAAAACACAAAAUUAUUGAAGAGACAACUAAAGGACCUACAAAAAGUACAGAGCAAGAAGACAUUCCAGCAUCAGCACAUGGCAGAGUUGCAAAGGUGGUUCUCCCAGUUAUCUUCAUCCUCAUUUGUGUGGGUGUUGCAGUCUAUAUUUUCUACAAAAGAAGAAGUAGGCAACAAUAUAGCACUGGUAGCUUUGACAACUCUUUGUACUAUGACAGGGAGAUAAUUAUUCAGAAUAAUGAUUCAGAUACUCUUGCAGAUGACAGAGAGGGAAAUUAACAAAGAUUUAACAGUAUAAACAUUGCAUUGAGUUCAAUAAGACAUACUUCUGAAUCGACAUUCAAGUUCAAGAGGCAACCAUUGUUGGACAUUGUUUGGUGCAAAUACACAGAGGGUACUUUCUACAGCCAGACUCAAGAUGUGGAAUGUUCUGAAUACAUUAUUAUUAUUUAGUGAAAACUUAUUCUGUUCCUAAUAUUUUGAAAUUAAAGAUUAAUUGACUUGAGAA